AUGACCAUAGAAAAGGCAGUGGAACUUCUUUCCUAUGACAAAUAUCAGACUUCUGGAGCAAACUAUAUACAACAUACAUGCUAUCAAGAUGAGAAUGCUAAAAAUGUGGUAUACCAGCACAAUGGAAUCCAGAAGCUAAUCACUCUGUUAGACAGUCCCAAUCAGAAUGUACAGCAAGCAGCAGCUGGUGCACUAAGGAAUCUUGUCUUCAAAAAUACCCCAAAUAAAAUUGAAACAAGUCAGAAAGGAGGUGUCCGUGCAGCUGUCAACCUUUUGAGGAGGACCCCCAAUGAAGAAACUCAGAAGCAACUAACAGGUCUUUUGUGGAAUUUAUCUUCUACAGACCAACUAAAAGAGGAACUUGUUAGGGAAGCUCUCCCUGUCCUGAAUGAAUGUGUAGUGAUUCCAUUCUCUGGCUGGACAGAGAAUUCAGUGCCUGGUCAAAAAAGUAACAUGCACCCUGAAAUAUUUUUCAAUGCCACUGGGUGUUUAAGGAAUCUUAGUUCAGCAGAGGUUGGUCGUCAAACUAUGCGUAACACUCCAGGCUUGGUGGACUCUUUGAUGCAUUACAUUCAGAAACAAGUGACCAAUAAUAACCCAGAUGAUAAGUCAGUGGAGAACUGUGCUUGUAUUCUGCAUAAUCUCUCUUACCAUUUGGAUUCGGAGGUGCCCAAUAAGUAUUCCCAACUGAAUGAGCAAAUGUUGCGCAACCAACAAACAGACAAAACAUCUACUGGCUGUUUCAGCAAUAAGAGUGAGAAGAUACAGAAUAAUAACUUUGAGCUGCCACUUCCAGAAGAAGAUGUUAAUCCUAAAGGGUCUGCUCUGCUGUCUCACUCCAGCGCUAUAAAGACAUACCUGUCUCUUCUGGGACAGAGUAAGAAGGACUCUAUAUUGGAAGCAAGUGCUGGAGCUCUUCAGAACCUGACUGCAAGCAAGGGGUCGAUGUCUAAUGGGAUGAGUCAGAUUAUUGGUUUGAAAGAAAAUGGACUCCCACAAAUUUCACGAUUGCUUCAGUCUGGAAAUUCGGAUGUAGUAAAAACAGGAGCAUCUCUGCUAAGCAACAUGUCUCGUCACCCUUCUCUGCACAGAAGCAUGGGUACCCAGGUGAUUCCAGAUGUUUCUCGCCUCCUGUCCCAAACCUCUACAAGUGCAACAAACUCAGAAGAUAUCUUGUCCUCAGCCUGUUACACCAUGAGAAAUCUUGUUAUGUCCCAGCCUCAACUAGCAAAGCAAAACCUUUCUACCAACCUAGUGGGAAAUUUGGUCAAUAUGUGUAAGAGUGGAGCUUCACCCAAAGCUGCCGAAGCUGCCCGUCUUUUCCUGACAGAUAUGUGGUCCCAAAAAGAGUUGCAGGGAAUACUUAAACAGGUGAAGGAAUUUUCUACAGUCCCAUGCUUACCAUAG